AUGGCCACCCCCGGCGGCCGACCUGCCCAACCCAACAUCCAACCAUGCCAAUACAAAGUCGGCAAGACCCUCGGCGCGGGGUCUUACUCGGUCGUGAAGGAGUGCGUGCACAUUGAUACCGGCAGGUACUACGCCGCCAAGGUGAUUAACAAGAGGCUGAUGGCUGGACGUGAGCACAUGGUCCGCAACGAAAUCGCGGUCCUCCGCAAAGUCUCCAUGGGCCACCAAAACAUCCUCACCCUCGUCGACUACUUUGAAACAAUGAACAACCUCUACCUCGUAACCGACCUCGCCCUCGGCGGCGAGCUCUUUGAGCGCAUCUGCCGCAAAGGCUCCUACUACGAAUCCGACGCCGCCGACCUCAUCCGCGCGACGCUCUCGGCGAUAGCCUACCUCCACGACCACGGCAUCGUCCACCGCGACCUCAAGCCGGAGAACCUCCUCUUCCGCACCCCCGAGGACAACGCCGACCUGCUCAUUGCGGAUUUCGGCCUCUCGCGCAUCAUGGACGAGGAGCAGUUCCACGUCUUGACGACCACCUGCGGCACGCCGGGGUACAUGGCGCCCGAGAUUUUCAAAAAGACGGGCCACGGCAAGCCGGUUGAUCUCUGGGCGCUGGGGGUGAUUACGUACUUUUUGCUGUGCGGGUACACGCCGUUUGAUCGGGACAGCGACUUUGAGGAGAUGCAGGCGAUUCUGAAUGCGGAUUACAGCUUUACGCCGUUGGAGUACUGGAGGGGGGUGAGCGAGAAUGCAAAGGACUUUAUCAAGAGGUGUUUGACUAUUGAUCCGGGGAAGAGGAUGACGGCGCAUGAGGCGUUGCAGCAUCCUUUUGUGGCCGGGUGGCUGAACAAGAAUGGUGGUGGUGGGGAGGGGCAGGAUGGGGAGGGGGAUAAGGGGGCUAAUCUGCUGCCGACGGUGAAGAAGAAUUUCAAUGCGAGGAGGACGUUGCAUGCUGCUAUCGAUACGGUGAGGGCGAUUAACAAGUUGAGGGAGGGGCAGAAUGGGGGGGGGAUGAACGGGGGGAGGAGUGGUGAGCCGGGACGGGGGGGCCUGCAGGCGCAGAGGGGGAUACCGCCGGCGGGGGGCGUUGGAGUUGGGGGAGGGAGGGAUGAUAGUGGGAUUUCGGGGAUGGGGGGUUCGACGACCGGGAGUGGUGGGAGGGAUAGUGGGUUUGUGAGUGGGGGGUCGCAGCAGCAGCAGCAGGAUGGGGAUGUUAGCAUGGAGGAUGCUCCUUUGGGGGGGGUGCCGGCUAGUUUGAGGCCGGGGAGUGAGGCGAACAGGGUUAUUGAGUUGAGCAAGGGGCUUUGGAGCGGAGGGGAGAGUCGGCGAUGA